CCUAGCUCUCUCGUCUUCAUCUUCCUCACUCUCUCAGCUCUGCAACUUUCAGUCUCUCUCUCUCUAAACAUAGCUCAAUCUCUGUACCGGCCGGCCAGCCGCCCUCGCCGGUGAAGCUCCGCCGCCGCCAAUGUCGCCGCUCGCCCGGCUCCGCCCGGUCUCGCUGGACCUCCUCCGCCGCCGCCGCUUCUUCUCGUCGUCGCCGUCGUCGAUCCUGUCCCCGGACUCGAGCGCCCCUCUCUCGUCGAAGGAGAAGACCCGGGCGGCCCUCUCCCUGCUCAAGGCCGAGAAGAACCCGGAGCGCAUCAUCGACAUCUGCCGCGCCGCCUCCCUCACCCCGCAGUCCCACCUCGACCGCGUCGCCUUCUCCGUCGCGAUCUCGAAGCUCACGGAGUCGAGCUACUUCGACGGCAUCCGGAGAUUCCUCGAGGAGUCCAAGGGGAGGCCGGACUUGCGGAACGAGCGCUUCAUGUGCCACGCCAUCGUGCUCUACGGCCAGGCCGGGAUGUUGAACGAGGCGAUCGACACGUUCAAGCACGUCGAGGAGCUAGGUAUUCGCCGCACCGUCAAAUCUCUCAACGCGCUUUUGUUUGCUUCGAUCGUAGCUAAGGACUUUAAGGAGACGAAGAGGAUUUUCAUGGAGUUCCCUAGGAUUUAUAGCGUAGCGCCUGAUUUGGAGACUUUCAAUACCGUGAUUAAGGCGUUCUCCGAGUCCGAGUCGACGAGCUCGGCGUACUCGGCGCUGGCUGAGAUGGAUAGGAAGGGGGUUAAGCCCAACGCCACCACCUUCGGGACCAUGUUGGCUGGGUUCUAUAAGGAGGAGAAGUACGAAGACGUCGGGAAGGUCUUGGAAUUGAUGCAGAAGUACGGGGUCGCUCGCGGGGUUAGUAUUUAUAAUAUCAGGAUUCAGAGUUUGUGUAAGCUUAGGAAGUCGGAUGAGGCAAAGGUUUUGCUUGACGGGAUGUUGGCGAGGGGGAUGAAGCCAAAUUCAGAGACGUAUGCCCAUUUGAUUCAUGGGUUUUGCACUGAAGAGAGGUACGACGAAGCGAAGAAGAUGUUUAAGAGCAUGAUGAACCACGGGUGUCGGCCUACCAGUGAUUGUUAUUUCACCUUCAUUCACUAUCUUUGCAAGGGAGGGGAAUUUGACACCGCUUUGCAGAUUUGUAAGGAGAGUAUGGAAAAGGGUUGGAUUCCGAAUUUCGGAACGAUGAAGUCGCUAGUUAAUGGGCUGGUGAGUAUUGAUAAGGUUGAUGAGGCUAGGGAGCUUAUUAAGCAGGUGAAGGAGAGGUUUUCUAGAAAUACAGAUUUGUGGGAUGAAGUAGAAGCUGGUUUACCCCAGUAAUGAAGAUCAGAUGGUUUGCUGUUUUCAUUUGGUUUCAAUAAGAGCGCAGCUUAAUCUGAAAUGGGCAAACAUUGGUAUCAUGGAAGGUUCUGGGUACUCUCGAUGUACAGACUAAAAGCACACAUGAGCCGAACCAACUUUGGGAAGAUGUCUUGCCUCUCUCUUGGUGCAGGUUCAAGUAACAGCCUCCCUUUGAGCAACUUAUCGUGAGUCUUAUAGUGCUACUCUGUGGUUGGUUAUUCACUGUUGUUAUUGUUGUGUUAGGGUAGCUGGGGAUUUCCAUGGUAAGUUUUUGCAAUAGAAUAGUGUGCCAUAGUUGCAUCAAUCUGGAGGAUGAUAUUGCUGUUUGCUGUUUGUUUGUGUCAAUCGACAUGUGAUUGUUAUUACUCCGAACCUUUUGAAUUCGUCCAUCCAUUCAAUCAAAGUCGUCUUAUCUUGAAGGAUAACUGAUGUUACCUAAGGCUUUUGUCUCGAUGUGUGCCUUAACUAGUUCAUGGCCAUAUUGUAGCAUGUUCACGAGGGAUUGUCAAAUCUAUUCUGCUUUGGUAAAUCAGAGAUUGGAUGACUGUUUUGCUGCUAGCAGAGGUGCCAAUGUAAUGCCCGUUCUUUGUUUGUUGCU